GUACAGACAUGAUGACUUGAAAGCCUAACAUCUGGCCUUGUAUGCCUUAAUAGAUACCGCGAGACCAAAAAAGGCCCACAAGUCGAGCGUGGACAAGCGACCAAGAGAGGUGAAAAUUAACGCAUCAGUGAAAGAUGAUCAGAUUCAAGUGAUUUUUCUGGAAGUAAAUUUAAAUGACACCGGCUUCCGUUUUUCCUUUCGCAAAUCAGUCUAAAAUGAGUCAUAAUAAGAGCAACAUUGAGGAAAAUACUGGCUUUGACAUGAGAACAGUCCAGCUAAUGUGCUUUCCGCUAAUCAUCGUAGUCGGCUUAGCAGGAAACGCUUUGAUCUGCGUUGCCGUGCGGCGACGUUCAAGACUUCGCGUUCACGACUGCUUCAUUCUCAACCUGGCCACCACAGAUCUGGCAACGUGUCUCAUAAGUAUUCCGUUUGACUUUGUCGAGGUGCUGAUAGGAAAAUGGCCAUUUGGUAUGUAUCUAUGUAAGACCGUGUAUCCACUUCAAACAAUCCUAAUAUCUGUUUCAGUCUAUACUUUGCUAUGCAUGAGCUUAGAGAGACGAAGRGCAAUAAUCAGACCUUUUAUGCCGAAAGUUAAAAGAUGCCUAGUGGUUGGAGGUAUAUGUGUUGUAUGGGUAUUUAGUAUAUCACUUAUGGGUCCAUACGCUGCUAUACUUGAUGUUAAGUACUCCAAUGAUUCCCGUGCGUGCAUAGAAAACUGGCCUGCGAAAAGUCAUGCCAAGAUAUUCACCCUCGCUGUGUUUAUUGUUCUUUUUCUUCUACCGUUAUUUGCUAUAACAACUAAUUAUGUCGCUAUUAGUUCUAAACUUUGGAAGGACAUUCAGAGAAUAAAGAAGGCCAUUGGAAAGUCUCCUAACCAAGGAAAAAAGCAGUUGAUUAAAGCCAGAGCACAACGAAACAUGAGGAUUGUCAAGAUUUUUGUCCUGGCUGUUAUUGUAUUUGCAGUAUGUAUGGUUCCUAACCAUAUCAUGUGGAUCUGGCAUGACUUUGGUUCUGGAAAAAGCUAUAAGCAUUUUACAACCAUAUUGGUGUUCUGUAACAUCUUGAUUUACGCCAAUUCCGCGAUCAACCCUUUUAUUUUUAUGUCUCUCCAUUCUCAAUAUUGCAAGGAUAKUUUUAGUCUCCUGCCAUGUUGUAAUUGUCAUAAAUGCAAGGUAUCUGUCUGUGUUGGAACAGAAACUGCAAGGGAAAAAAUACAAAAUUACAAGCGCAAGAGGCGCUUUUCUCAAGCCCGUAGAAAGGCUUUACGUGGAAAGAGAAAUAAGGCGAAUAAACUAGCUUUUCUGAGAGGAUCCCCGUGGGAACAGCGCUACUACGAGAGCGAUUCAUCGGAAAUUUACAACUAUAAUAUUCAACUCGCAAAAAAUGAACAUCGCAUGGGAGUUGKYAACAAGGAUACUAACGAUGGGAACAUUGACAAUGAAAUCUGUUGGGUACCAAAAWCUCGAAAAACAAGAGUUAACUUUGGGGGAGAGCGCAUCUUCCAUAUUGAAAAGUUUGAUCAGGUGGAGACAGAUUCGCCUAACUGAAAUCGCCACUAUUUGGAAAACAAUGUUGUUGUUUUUUUUUUUGUUUUUUGUUUUUUUUCAAAUUAAAACCAGCUCAGAGUUUUCCAAUAUCAUUAAGGGUGAGUUAAAAGAUAAACUCAGUCUGUUUCUACAGAGGGGAGAGUACUUCUUAUUGUGAAACCUAAAUGCAAUUUUUCUCUUGAAAUAGAAAAAGUUCGACAUUAGGAAUUGAAGGGUUCAAAAACAUUGAGGGUCCAAAACAUUUAAAUUGACAUUUUGUAAAAUGUCUGGGACUCUCACAAUUUUGUUUAUCAUAUCAAAGGUAAAAAGCAAAACUGCAUUAAAACAGCACGCAUUCUUUAGAAAAAGAUAUAAUAGUAAUAUAAAUAACAAAUCCAUGUUAUUCAAAAAAUCGGCUCUUUUGUAGACCUUUAGAAUUCAUAAAAUUUCAUAAAUGUGAAGUACAAACACUAAUAUAAAACAUUCAGGGAGAUAAAGUAAAUAUCCCAUAUCGAAAGCUCUGAAUCUUUUAUCUUGAGCAGUGCAGUUUGUAAAUAUCUUAUUAAUUAAGCUACGAGCUCGUUAAACAUGGCGGUAUAUAGCGAAUAAAAAUGAUAUUAUCAAACAUGAAA